CAUGUUCAUUCCACUUCGGUCAGGCGCACUCGGUUCCUCCCUGAGACUGUGCCACGGAUAGAUUUUCCGCCGUCUACACCGUCGAGUAUAUCGUAGGGUGUAACAAUGUACUUAUAAAACGAACUGUGUUUCUUCAUUCGAAUUUAAACGUUUACGACUGUCAUCGGACGAUUCGCCAACAGGCAGAGGAAUAAGCUUCGCUAGCAAGAUGCCUGCGAUCAAUCCAAAUGGCAAACCCGAUGAGACGGGCCAGGCCGGGACGGAUGAAUCGACCUUGACUAGUACCGUGGCAGCAAAGACGUCAACGGGCUUGAAUGAGGAAAUAACAAGUACUCUGGUUACGGAGGCCACAUCCACCACCACUGUAAAAAGUUUGGGGGCGCAGAUCGAGAACACUGCGACCAAAGCCGCAGCGGAAAUGGGAAUACCGACAUGGGGCCUGGUUGCCAUUUUAAUAGCCGUCGGCGUCGUGGUACUCGGUAUUUGCUUUUGCUGCAUAAGAAGAUGCUGCCGCAAGCGGCGUUCGAAGGACGGCAAGAAGGGCCUAAAAGGUGCCGUAGAUCUUAAGUCUGUUCAACUAUUGGGCAGCACUUAUAAGGAUAAGGUUCAGCCGGAUAUGGAGGAGCUCACUGACAAUGCUGAAGAACCUGAUGAAGCUGAGAGCAAGCACAGUGAGGUUAAGUUAGGAAAGCUUCAGUACAAGCUGGAAUAUGACUUCAAUUCAAACAGUCUGGCUGUGACUGUUAUUCAAGCAGAGGAACUUCCAGCUUUGGAUAUGGGUGGUACUUCCGAUCCUUAUGUUAAGGUGUACCUUCUCCCUGACAAGAAAAAGAAAUUCGAGACCAAAGUGCACAGGAAGACUUUAAAUCCUGUUUUCAAUGAGACUUUUACCUUCAAGGGUGUUCCUUACGCCGACGCAAUGAACAAGACGCUUGUGUUCGCCAUCUUUGACUUCGACAGGUUCUCCAAACACGAUCAGAUCGGUGAGGUUAAGGUACCACUCUGUCAGGUCGAUCUGGCUCAGACAAUCGAGGAAUGGCGAGAGUUGCAGAGCGUUGAGGGUGAAGGUGGACAGGAUAACAAGCUUGGCGACAUUUGCUUCUCAUUGCGGUACGUCCCAACGGCCGGUAAGUUGACAGUGGUUAUUCUGGAGGCGAAGAACCUGAAGAAGAUGGACGUCGGAGGCCUCUCGGAUCCUUACGUUAAGAUCGCCCUGAUGCAGAACGGAAAGCGACUGAAAAAGAAGAAAACCUCCAUUAAGAAAUGCACCCUCAAUCCUUAUUACAACGAAUCCUUCACCUUCGAGGUUCCCUUCGAGCAGAUACAGAAAGUGCAACUGGUCGUAACUGUUGUCGACUACGAUCGUAUUGGAACAUCGGAACCUAUUGGAAAGGUUGUAUUGGGCUAUAAUGCGAGUGGAACAGAGCUCAGACAUUGGUCGGACAUGCUGGCAUCGCCCAGGCGUCCUAUUGCCCAGUGGCACACGCUUAAGGAUCCCGAAGACGGCGACAAGAAGGACUAAAUUUGUCAAAGUGUCGCAGAGGAGAAUGUCGCGUGAAAUUUGCGAGAAUCGAAUGAGAAAAGAGAAAGAAAACAAAUACUUAGUAGAUAUUAAUAACCUAUGAUUAAACUAAAUAACAAUAAAUACGAAACAGAAAGAUUUAGUAUUAAUGAUAUGUUCUCAUGGAGUGUAGUGUCUUGUAUAUAUAUAUAUCUACUAUACUUCUCUCUGUAGAUCCGUAAUGUUUAAUGAUUUCCAAAUGGCGCGUCCUGUUGCGACGACACGGUAUUACAAAGCAUUGAUGAUUUGCCGGGUCGACUCGCGAAGUGUUUGUUAACCUAACACGUAUCGCAUCUUUACGCGUUUUAAUUUAUUUAGUCAUUUUUAAUAUUUUUUUUUUGUUUCUCCAACGUUCUCCUCUCGACGAUCUAAUCGCGACGCAUCGACUCUCAUGAUCAGCGCCUUCGUCAACGUAACUGAUUUCAAUGACGAUCCAGGUAGAUCAGUCAUCGGGACGCGCGAUACAAUCAUUACAAUUGGAGUAAUGACUGUUUAUUAUUUUAAAUGACGACCGGAGAAAAUUUGAAAAAGUAUAAAACUUCCCCGAUGUAAAGAACUUGUAGAUAAAUGACAACCUGUUUCCGUGCAAACGGUCAAUGCCUUUGUCCGCGGUGUCAUCGCCCUCUACAAUAAUGACUGUAGAUCACGUGCUACUUGUACAGGGCGGUCACGUUAUUAAAGCAGACCGUCAUUCCAGAAUCAUGAAAAUUCGAUGAUCAUCGAUGACGAUCACAAGCAAGCGUUUUACAAGUGUCUCAGGAAAAUAUCCGGUUCUUAAUUCCGGUCUAAUCGUCAUCGAGUGCCGAUGACUUUUUUUUUCCACUUGACAAAGCUAAAGAAUUACCAUCGAAUCUAAAUGACUUCGAAUCGUCACACCACAGUUCUCUUCUCUUUUAUCUUUUGUUUCGCAUAAAAUUAACUGGGUGCGAAAUCAGUGACGUGAAGAUAAAAAAAAUAAAAUGAUUAUUGCCAUCAUUCAAUGCCAAUUCAAUGGUCUGCUUUAAACGAUGAUGUCCCCCGUAAAUCAUUGUACACGCGUAUAUCUAUGUAUAUAUGUGUACAUGGAUACAUAUAUGCAUAAGUGUACAAAUAUUAUUAAAAAAAAAUGCGUACGUUGUAUUGUUAUUUGACGUUGGGAUAUGCUAAGAUUCCCUUAUUUUUUUUUUGUUUUUCUAACUACAAGGGGCCUAUUCGUUCUUAACUGCAUUGCCGAUCUUAAUGACCGAUUUAACAUUGCGUCACUUCACAAGACGAUCGGGAAUCGCGAUCGGGUGGCCUCGGGUUUCACGAUCGUAUUCAAAUAUACAUUACUAUACGUAUAACGUGAGUGCGUAAGCAUACGGUAUUUUUGAUGGAAUAUAACACGAUUCAGCGUCAAAUAUACUGUAGCAGGUCGACCCGAUCCACUUUCAUAUUUUGUCCAAUAGAUACGUCCUCCUCUUGAAAGAUUUUCGUAUUCCCCUCGCGUUCUCCGUUCACGCCGGCGGGAUUGAUCGGUAUGCUUCGGGUCUGUGUAAAUAAUCCAUUUGAAUAUCUCCAAUUAUUCAUACAUUCCACGUUAACCCUCGUUUUACAUUUUUAUCCUCGAAUUUUCAAUCAUCUCACGACAUUUUUCGAGUCCGUUCAUAAAGAUCGUGUCAGAUUUCAUAAACUCUUGGCUAUCCACUCGUUUGGCCGUACAAUAUCUGAAAUACAUACAGGGUUAUUCACGACAAACGUAUCAACCGAAGUUAGCCUCUCCAUUUGAUUUCUGCGGUAGAACCACCUUCGGAUUAUACAUUCGUCAUGAAUAAUGACCUUACAUACGUGGGUAACUACGGUAGGUAGCAAAUGAAAAAAAAUUCCUUAAAAAAGAAUGUAAAUCGUGAUUAUUCGAUUUACAUAUACCUUGACGUGUCCCGCGUGAAAUUUGCCAAUGGUAUCUGCGCUCUAAAUCAAGUCUCGAUGUAUUGACUAUACCCAAUUCGAACAAGAUAUAUAUUUAUUAUUAGUAUUGUUAUUAUUAUUUUGUACACUAGUGACGUUUCUAACGCUCGUAUUUGCUUCGCCUGAACAAAAAUUUUUACAGGUCUUCGUGUUUGUCCUGUCCGCAUGAAUUUCGCAGACUCUUUAAUCCAUCUUGGAUAUAGCUGUUCCACGUGUUGUUAUCCAUAUAAAGAAAUAUACGGGUCUCGAGAAUUAGACGAUUAAUCGUAACGCAAAUUGCAGCUUCGGCAAUCCUCCGGCAUCGUGUACAAUUAUUGGGUACGUGCAAGAAUCAAGUAUUGUGAGAUUCGAAGGAAAGAAAAGGGACACUGAAGCCGAAGAGAAGACAAAAUAGUAAACGAGAAUGAAAGAAGAUUUUAUUUAUUAACGUACGUCCUUAUAAUAUCGUAUCAAUCGGUUGAUUAACUUUUUUUUACAUUUAAUUACCUUUACUCGUGUCAUCCUUUUGUGACGUAAUUAAUCGUGAGCGAAUAUUGUAAAAAAAAAAAUUAUUAAACUGUAAAAUUCUAGUUGAACUUUCGUCACGUAAAUUUCUUCUAAUUUUUUGUAUCCUCUUUUUCUUUUGUAUUUAUUUAUUCAUAAAUAUAUAGAUAUAUUAAAUCGGACGCGGAACGAGGAAGAACGAUUAAUUUGUUUCUCGGCUGAUUAUACAAACAAACAAAGAAAACGAUAAUAUUACAUAUAGUAACGUGCAAUUUAGAGUAUGCUAUAACAAUUAAAUAAUGAUCGCAGUAGCGUAGUAAUCUUAUAGAGGAUCGUAAGUUUAGCGGACGCAGAUUCUAGGAGCUUAGUUUAGUUUAGUCAAGCGAUACACGUGUGGUCAUUUCGAAUUUCCCGGGCGAUAGGACCGAACGUAAGACACGUCUCGCAGGUGUGAUCGAGUUGGACCUAUUAAAUAACGUUCGCGAUCAUCGUCCAAAUCGAUCAAUAUCAUGGUGGGUACCGCGAUCCAUAUCAUUCCCUUAGUUUCAAAAUCAAAGCAAAUUCCUCACGGGCCACAAGCAACUAUCUGCGCAAUCGAUUGACCUUACUUCGCGCGGGAAAUUCGAAAUGACCAAUUCGCCAGUCACCCUCUUAUCGUAACUUUCGGUUCUAUCGUUUUCGUCAGGACCAAUUAUCGUAAAUCAUUAUCGACAGCAUGUUGACAUCAUGUUAUACGCAGCAUUGUACUUAAAAAAUUAUAAAAGAAAGAAAAUGAGAAUUAAAAAAAAAAGGGAAGAACACACCUAAGGAAACACGUAACUGUUGAAUUAGUGUGGCGACGAUCCCGUCGCGGUGCCGAUCGAUCGUAUCAAUGAAACGCUUAAUUAGUUAGAAAUUUGUGAAAAAAAAAAAAAAGAAAACAGGCAACGAUCGACAAUGAUUAAAUGCAAAAGUCAUUUUUUUGUCCGUCAUAUUUUUUUUUUUCGCGAACGUCAUUCAAUCCAUACCUAAUUUGCAAAGCACGCAAGCUCCCACAGCUUAUCACGAAAGUCGCCAAAUCGAUGUACGUCCAUUGCGAAUAGAAUGAAACGCCGUUGCAUAAAAUAGCUUAUUAAAAAAAAACAGAAUAUAUAUACGAUAUCAGGAGUAAACGCGUGUACAAAUGUACAAGAUGUUUCACGUUACACCAAAGCAUGCAUAUACAUAAAAUAUUAAUAUAUAUAUUAUAUAUAUAUAUAACUAUAGUGCCUUUCAUUGCUUGGAAAAUAAUUUGUCUCUAGCCAACAGAAGGCACGUUCAGAACGUAUCGAUCGGCGCCGCUUUAUUUCGAAAUAUUAUUAUAUUAAAGUUUAGCCAAUGCGCGAAGCACCGUACGAUUAUCGCCAUAUAGAAGGACUAUUAACUAUUAGCGUUAUUAUUGUCAUCGUCAUUAAUCAUCACUAGGCACAAGUUCAGAUGAGAAUGUUAUGGACGAUCGGAAUAGCACCGAAACACUGAAAUAUACUGUGGUAGUUUGUAGGGUUAAAUAGUGAUCAGUCGUGCGAGUCGCGUGAUGACGUCAUGAUGUAAUGACGUAAUGACGACGAUUCGAAAUAAAGUAACGACAAGUUGUAAAGAAAUUGACACAACGUAUGGAGGAUGCUUCGUGUUUGUUAUGAUCGUUAGAAACGAUCGGAAGGUGGAAAAGGAACAGGAAUGUAUCUGAUGGAACCGAAUCAUUAGAAACGAUGGAUAACGAGUGACGUGAUGAUUAUUUCAAUAAGGGAGCACGCUCGGAAGACUUUGGCGUUGGGUUAACGUACCGAGGAUCAUUUUCAGUCAUUAAUUCACAAAUCCAUAAUACAUACACCGCGUGCCUAAAAACCUUGAUGCCUGUGGCUUCUUCGUACGAGAGAGCGUCACGCUUUUUAAAGUCAUCGGGACCAGGAGUGGACGAUGACUUAUCAUUCGGAGAUCAUCGUAGCGAAGACCGGGACGAAGAAUAUCGCUCGCGGAUAACGCUUUUCUUUUUUUCUCUCUUUUUUUUUUAAAGAUCCCUAGGCCGAUCGACAUUCUUCGGCUAGAAUCGUUCUUGGGUCUUGUAAACGUGACUCGAUGAUACUCAUUGAUAACGGCACAUGACAUUCAAGCGUACGACCCUUUUGAAAAAAAAAAAAAAAAAAAAAAAAAAAAAAAACGUUACACGUCGAACGAACGCGGCAGGACGGUAAAGGACGAAUUGCAAAAACGUGAAGGAGCGAAAAAAAAA